UGGCAGAAAGUGUGUGGAUGCUGGCUUCCCUCUCCAGCAUAUGUGACUAGUCCUACUACAGUGGAGCGACUGAUAGGGCGGUAAGGCGGCAGAAAAAAUCGGGGUUUAGAGCCGCUGCGAAAUGGCUGGACAACAGUUUCAGUACGACGACAGUGGCAACACCUUUUUCUAUUUCCUCACGUCUUUUGUGGGACUAAUAGUCAUCCCAGCCACCUAUUACCUCUGGCCCCGGGAUCAGAAUGCGGAGCAAUUAAGGUUGAAGAGUUUACGGCGAGUUCAUGGAAGAUGUCUGUGGUAUCACCUUCGGCUUAGGAAAUCACAGCAGAGCAUUGUUCCAACAUUUAAAAAAGCAGCCCUGUUGUUUGGGUGGGCAGUAUUUCUUUUCCUGGCCUAUAAGGUGUCUAAAUUAGAUCGAGAGUACCAGGAGUAUAACCCCUAUGAGGUCCUCAACUUGGAAGCAGGAGCAUCUGUUGCUGAGAUUAAGAAGCAGUACAGAGUACUGUCUCUGAAACACCAUCCUGAUAAAGGCGGAGAUGAAGCCAUGUUCAUGAAGCUUGCUAAAGCUUACUCAGCUUUAACUAAUGAGGAAUCGCGGAACAACUGGCAGAUGUAUGGCAACCCUGAUGGCCCAAGAGUGACGAGUUUUGGAAUCGCUCUUCCUGCAUGGAUUGUUGACCAGAAGAAUUCCAUGCUGGUGCUGCUGGUCUAUGGGUUGGCUUUCAUGGUUAUUCUUCCUGUGGUUGUGGGCACAUGGUGGUACCGCUCCAUCCGCUACAGUGGUGAUCAGAUCCUCAUCAACACCACACAGCUUUUCAUGCACUUUAUGUACAAAACGCCUACAAUGAACAUGAAACGAUUGGUGAUGGUGUUGACGGCAGCAUUCGAGUUUGAUCCUCGUAGUAACAAAGAGGCCACUAUAAGACCAACAGACAACAUAGAAGUUCCCCAGUUGAUUCGGGAACUGGGGAACAUUAAUGUGAAGAAGAAGGAGCCUCCAUUCUGCUAUCCUUAUAGCCUGAAGGCACGAGUCUUACUACUUACGCACCUUGCCAGGAUGGAUGUUUCUGAGAACAUAGAGGAGGAUCAAAGGUUUGUGGUGAAGAAGUGUCCUGCUUUACUACAGGAAAUGAUCAAUGUUGGCUGUCAACUUACUAUGAUGGCAACCAGUAGAGGAGGGCUUCGGGCUCCCAGGCUGACAUCUAUAGAGAACUGCAUGAAGUUGUCUCAGAUGGUAGUUCAAGGACUGCAGGAGGCCAAAUCUCCUCUGCUGCAGCUGCCCCAUUUUGAAGAGGAGCACCUCCGAUACUGUAUCUCUAAGAAGUAUAAGGUACGGACAUUGCAGGAUCUGGUCAGUCUGAAGGACUCUGACAGGAGAAAUAUGCUGAGAUUCCUUGGGGAGGAGAAGUAUGAGGAGGUCCUUACGGUCCUCGGCAGCUUUCCCUAUAUCAACAUGGAAACCAAACUUCAAGUGUUGGAUGAUGAAGAUAGCAAUAACAUCACGGCAGGAUCCAUUGUCACAGUUACGGUCACUUUGACAAGGAAGAGAAUGUCUGAGAUGUUUGAGAAAGAGGAGGACGCACCACCACCUACUGAGGAAACUAAUGCAGAGGAGCAAGGAGAUGCCAAAACAAACAAAACAAAAGUUUGGCAAAAUAAGAAUAAAGGAGCUAAAAAAGCUGCCAAGUCCAAAAAGAAGAAACUGACUAAGAAGAAACCAGUCACCCAACAGCAAGCAAAGGGAGACAAGGCCAGACAAGCCAAUGGCAAUGUGGCAGGAAAUGACGUUGCAGCUGCGUCAAAAGUGGAAGAGGACGAUCUCUCUGAUAAAGGCAGUGAAUCAGACGAGGCAGAGGGAAAUAAGGACUCGCCCAGCGAGAGAGAUGAGGAGAGUGACAAGCAGAGUGACACUGAGGGGGACGAGAUUGCUGGAGACGAUGAGGAGGAAUGGGAGGCACUACAACAGAGCAUUCAGCGCCGUGAAAGGGCACUAUUGGAGACCAAGUCUAAGGUCACACAUCCUGUAUACAGCUUGUACUUCCCUGAGGAGAAGCAGGAGUGGUGGUGGCUCUACAUUGCAGAUAGGAAGGAACAGACGUUGGUGUCUAUGCCUAACCACGUGUGCACACUCAGAGACACAGAGGAGGUUGAACUGAAAUUCCCCGCUCCAUCCAAAACCGGAAACUAUCAAUAUUCUGUGAUUCUCAGAUCAGAUUCAUUCAUGGGAUUAGAUCAGAUCAAGCCACUCAAGCUGGAGGUUCAUGAGGCGAAGGCCAUAAUGGAUAACCACCCUCAGUGGGAUAUCCCAGAAACCGAGGAAGAGGAGGAUGACCAGGAGGACAGUGAUGGCAUUGAGGAAUCUGAGGAAGAUGAAGAAGACAACGACUAAACCAGUCAUUUCAUGCAGACUUGAGCACAGCUCAUACACCCAUGUGCCCACUCAUGCGCGCACACACAUACACACACACACACACGCUCCUACACACCCACAUAGCCCCAGACCAUUGCCGUCUUCUGGGCCGCUACACACCGGAGGCAAACAGGAGGCAAGGACGUUGACGCCCCAUGUUCCUGUUCAAAACACUCAUGAAUCACAAAUCUGUCCUUUUAUUUCGCCAGUCAAAAUAAGACUUAAGGAACUGUUGGUUAUCUUUCCCUGCGUUCAUCCAGUCGUUAUCGGUGGGCUGUCACAGUGGUAAUUUGUGGGGUCCAGCUGCGUUUCAGAUUCCUCUCCACUUGACGAAAAAGAUGUCUGACUAACCAAUGCGUCAGAAAAAUAAAAACCAGAGUACCGCUGAAAAAUCACACACCUCAUGACUGUCAUUUUUCAAUGUCACUGUUUAUGCUUCAAGGGUGUUUUCUACCUUAUCAUUUUGUAGUUUAUGUAGUUUAUUAGAUAUCAAAUUUACCAGGUGUUUCCACUUUUUACGAGGCUGUGUGACAUGUAAUCUGGAGUGAGCAUGAACCACAAGGACGUGGAUGUGCGUUCUAAGCUUGAGCAGGAAUGACGGGGUGAAGGGUGUACUGCACCACUGUGGGCUGUCUCAAUUUGUCUCCAUGGUCAUGAACUGUGGAAGUCCAAUACAUUUAUAAAUCUCACCUAUCUUAACUUCUUCCAACUUCUCGUCACAAGCGCAGGUUGUCUCAGCCUCACGAAAAAAAGACUGCAGACAUUCCACAGCCAGGUCUAUGGUUUAGUACCUGAUUUAAUGUCGCUGCUAUUCAACAAAUAAGCAGGUCAAUAUCAGAUGGUUUCUUGGCACUAUGUAAUAACAUGGCCUAUGUUUUUUGAAACCCUAGGACAAUUCAAGUUUUGGAUUUUUUUUCCUGCCUGAUUUAUUCAUCCCACUGACUUUUUAGACUGGAAACUGGAAAUUUCCCAUUGUUGCUGAGUACAGUUGUUACGAGGAGAACAUGAUUAUAGCCUGAACAUGCACAAGUGCAAGCCUUUUCCCAUCAGUUACAAACACACAAAAAAAACACUGCAAAACACAGUUGGGUUUUUUUAACCCAAAAAUUAUCAAACUUAUCAAAACUUCUCUUUAGGAUAAUGUUUUUAUCUGGUUUCUUUUGGAACUGAAUGCCUCAAUUGUAGAUCAUAGUUUUUUUUUUUUUUUUGUAUUUAUAUAUAAUUUUGUCUUACAUUCCACUCUCAUCAAAUAUGAACGCCUUAUUCAAUGUACAGAUUUCCUUGUGGCCACAAAUAUCGCAAAUGGUUUGAUACAAAACAUCAGUGAUGGGAAUAAUUGAGGGUCAGUGUUUAUUUCUGCAGGUUUUUCUUAUGUUGGUUUUUAUGCAUGGAGGGAUGACAACAAAACUCAAAAUUGAGGACAGAAUUUUGAUUUUUUUUUGUGAAUGUGAUUAUUUUAAUCCCAUUUAAAUGUUAUUUUGCACCAGUGGAGGUCUGACAGCGUAUUGGAAGUGCUGAUUUAGUGGUUGUGAAAAUAGAAGUCUGUUCAUUUGUCAAUUAGUGGGAGAGGUUAAACUGACUGAUAUGAAAUUAUUUGAAAUGUAGAAAUGCACAUGAAAUGUAAUCUCUGCAUUUAUGGUUAAUUUUCUUUUCUUUCCUUUUUUUUUCUUUUUUUAAAUCUUGAAUUUCUGACAGGAAAUUGGAUUUUCUUGUUUGUUCCCAGUAGCUAAUGUAUGUAUUUUAUAGAUACAUUUUGGAAAACUGCAAAUGUCAUUAGAAAAUCUUUUGCUUAUUUUUUCCCCCCCUUAUGUUCAUUAGCAUAAACGCAAUGCAAUCUUUACUGACAGAGGGAAAGUGUCAUAUUCUGGCUGCAUGUAACACACGUUCACAACCAGUUUUAUCAAAUUAUAAGGGUUUUACAGAUAAAUAGACAUUUUAGUAUUAUAGUUCCAAAAAGACUGUAGCCUCAUAAUUCAUGCUGUGUAUACAAAGCUGUGACUGAAGUGCACAGAUUAUGAGAAAUCAUGUCUAUACAUAAACACACAGAGAAACUCACCGGCCAGAAAACAGGGGUGAAUUGCCUAGUAAACAGUAUCUGCCACUUUUGUUUACAAGAAAACUGUCAUUGUAAAUGGGAAAAUAUAUAUUAUUUGUAUUUAAAUAAUUUCAAAUAAAAUAACUUUUUAAAAG